AUGACAAGUGUAAACCAAUCGAGAGCGCCUUCUGGGGCCUUCGUUGAAUUUCAAGUUGUGAUAUUAACAAACGAUGAAAAUGGGUUUUCAUCUGAAUUAAGUGAAAAUACAUGUAAGGGUUUGUUGAAAGUUAGUAAUAGGUGUAUGAUUUAUUAUAUAGUUAAAAAUAUAAUAGAACAAAAACUUAAAUAUAUCACAAUCGUAGUUAAUAACAAAUAUUAUGAUGAUAUGGUAAAAUAUAUCAAUGAAGAAUUUCCUGAUAAUUAUAAAUCGGAUGAUAAGAAAAAUAAUAAUAGUUAUUGUAUAGAUAUAGAGCCAUAUACUACCGAUGGUAAUGAAGAAAUAGGAUCUAUUCAAUCGUUGCUUCAUAUAAAAGAUAAAAUUAAGUCUGAUUUUAUAGUUGUUAAUACGGAUAUCCUUGGCUUCGUUGAUUUCCAUUCCUUAGCAAAUUUAUUUCGCGGGGAAAAUGCUUUAUGUGCUUUGUUACUACUCGAAGAAAAUGAUGUCAAUAACAAUAAUAAAAAAAAAAAAGAAAUUACAGAAGAAUAUUUAAAUUUAGAAAAUAAUGUAUGGGUAUGCAUUGAUAAAAAUAGUAAAGUUGUGAGUAUAGCUGAUGCAGUAACCAUGAAACAAGAUGGAAAAUUAAAAAUUCCAAAAAUAAAUUUAUUACGACAUAAAAAAUUUAUAUUAAAAACAGACUUGGUAGAUAGCCAUGUAUAUAUUUUUAAAAAUUAUGUAUUAGAUAUAAUUGAAAAAAAAAAAAACUUUUCUAAAUAUUAUAACGAAUCCGAGUUCAAGUUCAACAUGUACAAGACACUAAUUAGUGAGUAUUCUGCUGAGCAAUCCCAAAACGAAAAUGCCGGAAAUGAAAUUAAUACAAACGGAACGACUAAUAUGAAUGAAAAUGUUGAAAACGUUGUUUGCUACGUCCAACCCAAAAUGAAUGGCUUUUGUCAGAGAAUUAAUAAUAUUCCUAACUUUUUUAAGGCAAACUUAUUGUUUUGCGUGACCCGACACGAACAAUUAAAGGACGUCGUACCCCCCUACUUUUUUUUCCUUCCUAGUGAUAAAGUUCAAUCCUAUAAAGAUUGCAUAAUUGGAAGCGGAUUCGAGCAUGAGGAAAGUAUUAGUUUGAAAAAAUCAGUCCUUGGUAAAAAUGUAAAAAUAAAAAAAAAUUCAAAUAUAAAUAGAUCAAUUUGCAUGGACAAUAUAACCAUUAACGAAGGUUGUCAAAUCCAAAAUUCGAUAAUCUGCAACCAUGUUGUUAUUGAAGAGAACUGUAAGCUGAUCGAUUGUAUAGUUCGAGAAAAUUGUGUUAUUGAAAAAAACAGUAUUUAUGAAAAGGAAACCCUACCCCUAUUCAUUUCAUAA